UAGGUUUCGUGUUCGAGGACAGGUCAUUUCUUCCAUUUUCUAAGCUUUAUUAGAUAACCUAAUGAAAACAGAGCGAUUUGAUGCUUUGAUUUUGAAUAUCGUUGUUGCGUUCUUUGGUUGUCGCAGUGGCUAUGUUCUUCUUCUUAUUUGGUAUUACAACGUUACGUCACGCCGUUGAUCUUCAAACCAAGUGGCAGCCUCGAAUUAUUACAUUAACUGCCUUACCAUCUAAUGGCAGGAUAAAGCAGUUAAUAGCGGCUUGACGUUUCACAUUUUUUGUUUAUUUGAAUUGGAAAACAAUUUAUUUCUUCGUAUUUGUCCAAUUUGCAAUUUCUCGGGAUGGCUUUCUCCCAAUCCCUCGAUAUUGGUAACAGCACUUUACUAAACCUAGACAGCCAAGCGCGACAUGCUAUAGACCAAGGAUUAGUGGGCAAAGGCCAGAACGGUGGCCAAGAUUCUACGAAAAAUGGUGAGGAUGCCGCUGAAGUAAUAGAAGAAUCGCCAACACGCGAACAAAGUUCCAAGCAAUAUGGAAACGUUGCUGGUAUGAGUAUGUUUAGCCGGUCACGCACACAACGGCUACGACGUGGUAGCAAUAGCAACACGUCUAAUGCACUUAACUCGGAGGUAAAGGAUCGACGUCGCUUACGUAAAAGUAAAUCAGAUUCCACUUUACCCAAAUCCGAAUAUUCAAAUGCAAAGGCAAAAAAUGAGAACUAUACCGAAUUGUUUCGAAGUGGCUUCACGUUUUCAAUAGAAGAGCACCCUAAAAGUAGCAGAUUGGAAGAAGGUUCCGUCUUGCGUGUUUCACAAAUAGAAGCUGCGUUUGUAGGAAUAGAAGAGGAAAAUCUAGAUACAUCUCAAAAUGAAGAAAAAUGUAGUUUUCGUGAUGCAGACUCGCUAGUAACCGAUUUAGAGAUCCCAAUAUUUUCCGAAGAUUUUAAAAAUCUUAUAGAACCAAUUGACGAGGAUAAGAAUGAGUCUGUUCAAACUUCACCUCCGGAAUUACCAAGUGAUGGCUCCAACGAUAUAUCGAAAAAUAAUGAAAUGACUUCAGAACCUGAAAUACACCAAUUGGAUAAUAGUAGAUUUGUGUAUUUAGAUCUGCAUAAUUCAGAGGCAAAUCAACAACUAGCAAAAGAGCUGGAACAAAGUCGCCGUGAACUUGCAAAAGUAAAAGAGACAGUGGAAACAGCCCCUUUAAAAAACGAAAAGGCUAAUUCGUAUGUCCAGAAUAGCAUCCAGUCCAAGGCUACAGGCUUUUUAAAUCAACCAUCUCAGAUAAAAAUAAAAAAGGUUGCAACAGAUUUGGAAUCACUGAAGCGUAUUAGUGCUUGGAAUUUACCCCGUAGCGUUUUACAGGAAUACGAAAAGAAAGGCGUCGUUAAAAUGUUCGACUGGCAAAUCGAGUGUCUAAGCAAUCCCAAGGUUCUAUUCGAGCAUUGUAACCUCGUCUACUCUGCUCCUACAUCAGCUGGCAAAUCUCUAGUGAGCGAAAUUUUAUUAUUAAAAACUGUCCUGGAGCGUGGCAAAAAAGUAUUAUUUAUACUUCCAUUCAUUUCUGUAGUACGCGAAAAAAUGACAUAUCUUCAAGAUUUGCUAACUGUAGCUGGCUAUCGUGUUGAGGGAUUUUUCGGUGGCUACACACCUCCUGGUGGAUUUGAUAACAUACAUGUCGCCAUAUGUACUAUAGAAAAGGCCAACUCUAUCAUCAAUAAACUUCUAGAGCAUGGCAAAUUGGCUGACAUAGGCACUAUUGUCGUUGAUGAAGUGCAUUUGAUAUCCGAUCCUGGUCGCGGAUACAUACUUGAACUUUUGAUUGCUAAAGUGUUGUACAUGUGCCGCAAGUAUGGAUUGAAGAUGCAAGUGAUAGCUAUGUCAGCGACGUUAGCCAACGUUGAAUUGCUCAAGCGUUGGUUGGAUGCAGAGCUAUUUAUUACAGAUUUUCGCCCCGUCGCACUUCAAGAAAUGAUUAAAAUCGGAAACAAGAUAUACGAUUGCAAAAUGCGGCCAUUGCGUGACAUCUCUGAACGCUUACAGGGUGAAAAGUAUCCCUUUCCUCCACUGCAGAAUGACAAUGACCACGUAGCGCAGUUGUGCAUUGAAACACUGCUGGAAGGUUGUUCUGUAAUAGUAUUUUGUCCUUCUAAAGAUUGGUGUGAAAAUUUAGCUACUCAAUUGGCCAGCGCUAUACAAGCACUGAUUAUUAACGAUGACAACUGGGGAAAGCGAUUGCGCUUACAGAUAAAAAAUGAGGCCAUUGAGGAAGUAAAAAAGCAGCUGAGGGAUAUACCAACAGGUCUUGACGAUGUGCUUGAUAAAACAAUCACAUGUGGAUGUGCCUUUCAUCAUGCUGGACUUACAAGUGAGGAACGCGAUAUCAUCGAAGCAAGCUUUAAAUCAUGUGGUUUGAAGAUAAUUGUGGCGACCAGCACACUCAGUUCAGGUGUCAAUCUACCAGCGCGCCGAGUACUGAUUCGAACACCACUCUUUGGCGGCAGACAAAUGAGCUCACUCACGUACCGACAGAUGAUUGGUCGUGCAGGACGUACGGGAAAGGACACUUUGGGAGAAUCUAUUUUGAUUUGUACCCCUGCAAAUGCACGCAUUGGUCAAGCUCUAGUUCAAGAGGACUUAAAGCCAAUAUUUUCUUGUCUGGAACAAGAAAGCAGUACCCAUCUUAAACGCGCGUUGCUCGAAGUGAUUUCCUCUGGCGUUGCCACAACUAAAGAUGAUAUUGCAAACUUCGUAAAAUGUACGCUUCUAAGUGCAGAAAAGCAGCUUAGCGAACAGGGAAAGGACAAUAGUGAAGACGGGGAUAAUCUUUUUAUAACAGAUGCUGUUAAAUUUCUUGUAGAAUACGAGUUUGUACGACUGCAAGUUGAUAGCGAAACGAAUAGAGAAAGUUACGUCGCAACACGUUUAGGCCAAGCGUGUUUGUCUGCAUCCAUGCCGCCCACUGAUGGACUUCUACUUUUCGCUGAGUUGCAGAAGUCACGCCGUUGCUUUGUACUUGAGUCAGAACUGCAUGCUGUGUAUUUGGUGACACCUUACUCGGUAUGCUACCAGCUGCAGGACCUCGAUUGGUUGCUCUUUCUCGACAUGUGGGAAAAAUUGUCGCCAGCUAUGAAAAAAGUCGGUGAACUCGUUGGUGUAAAAGAAUCCUUUUUAGUGCGUGCCAUGCGUGGGCAAACGAAGUUGGACUAUAAACUUAUGCAAAUACAUAAAAGAUUUUACACUGCGUUGGCAUUACAGGAACUGGUCAAUGAAGUACCCAUAAAUGCAGUAGCCGCCAAAUAUAAAUGCACACGCGGCAUGUUGCAAAGCUUACAGCAAAUGUCGUCCACAUUCGCUGGCAUAGUCACCGCAUUUUGUAACACACUGCAAUGGUCUACAUUAUCCUUGGUAGUGUCACAGUUUAAGGAGCGCCUCUUUUUUGGAAUACACCGAGACCUUAUUGAUUUAAUGCGUUUACCGGAUUUAAAUCAUAAACGUGCUCGCGCACUAUUUGACGCCGGUAUAACGACGCUUGUGGAGUUGGCAAAUGCGGACGUUUUCGAUGUGGAAAAGGUGCUAUAUAAUGCUUUGAGCUUCGAUUCAGCCAAGCAACAUGAAAAUGAAGCAGAUUACGAAGCUGAGCAGCGAAAUCAAGUGCGUGACUUUUUCAUAACUGGCAAAAUAGGUUUGACCGUUGCUGAAGGCGCGAAGUUGUUAAUACAAGAAGCGCGCAUAUACGUACAGUAUGAAAUAGGUGUAGGCGCAAUUAAGUGGACACAAGAAGAUGCACAUGAUACCACUUCUGCAGAUAGUUUUCACAUGUCUUAUGAAGAGCAUAGAAUAGAGCAGGGUAGAAAACGUAAAAGUGAGAAGAGUAACGGCGUUAAAAAGUCUGAGGUAACGCCGCCAAAACAAAAAAGACUGAGCCCUAGCGUCAAGGAGGAUUUAUUGGAAGAGAAACCUUCCACCAGUAAAGAAGCAUUGCGUGUAUUAAGGCAACAGCAAAAGAAGGCGGUAGAGCAAAAUAAGCAAAGGCUUGAAAAUAAUGAAAAACAAGGCGGGGAUCUAAACAUAGCGAAGACUUCUAUAAACGCCAGUAAUAAAGAAAAUGUGGCAGCUAAAAGUAGUAGUAUCACACCUGAAAACUUAAAACAAACAACUGUUGAAAUGAAUGGGAAUAAACAAAAGCAAACUGGGCGAUCCGGAAUAUCGCCUGGUACAAAAACUAGCAAAUUAAAUAAGCUUGUUACUUCGGAGGGGCGUAAAGAAGAGAAAAAUAAAAACACCGAUGCCAAGGUGCCCGCGGAUGGAGGAAAUGCCAAAAUUGUACAAAAUUUCAAAGCAACCCAAGUCGUGGCUAGAAGCAGGGUUUCGGAAAAUAACGCCACAAAUUCGGUAGAAGAGGGAAAAGCCGCGGAAUCAAUGGAAAGAAAGCCAAUUCAAAUGAAGGUCAAUACCGAUACAAAAAAAUAUUCGUUGCGCAAAUCUACCGAGAAUGCCAAACCCCCACAGAUAGCAGUUGCCCAGCCACAUUCCGUGAACCUUCCAUAUAAGACUACGCCAAAUGUCAAUGGUAAGGCGGUUGGACAUACUCCUAAGAGUUUGAAUGAACAGACAACAACCAAAAGUACUUACAAGCAGUCACCUAAGGCGACGCAAGUACUACCGUCCGCUCCACGUCGUAGCCCACGCAACCAUCAACGCACUUUUACUUCUACAAACCCUACUUCUGUGGACGCGAAAUUUGCCAUGCCACAAACAUCCGCUGCUGCCAAGCACUUUCCAAAUGAAAAAUAUAACUUGGACGAAUCACUUUUCAUGGCCGAUGACUCCUUCGAGUUAAAUACUGGCAUCAAGGCUGCUUUGGAAGUUGGAAAUGAGCUAAAAAAUUCGUCUGCAUCCCCAAAGGCUGCUAAAAGCAAUGUUGACGAAAUUCCCGAAUCUCAGCAAAUUGUACAAGCUGUGGCCGAUUCUCCAGCGCCUGCGAAGCACUCGGUUCAUGCAUCACGUCUGCUGCGCACCACUCAACGUCUGAAAGCACAAAAAAGUAGUAUAACAAAAAAAGAACUCACCGCAAGCUCGCCACCGUCCAGUUCAAUAGAGGUUUCUGAAUUGUCACUAGAAAACUCAUUGCUCAAAAAUCCACUGCAAUUGAAUGCUUCACAUAUUUUAAAUUGCUCAAAAGUUGAUACGGCAUCAGCCAAUUUUAAUCGCCUCGAGGUGGUGGAUAUCUCUGGAGACCAGAAACUCUUCCAAGCUGCAUGUCGAGAGCUCAUAGAAGUCAAACGUUUUGGCUUCUGUGUCGGCUUGCAGCAACAAGAAAAUAAACGUAAGCCACUAAUAGGUGGCAAUUUGCUUAUUAACCAAAUGACCGAUGGCGAUGCCGCUGAGAAGGAUGUAGCAGCAAAAGACUUCCAAAUUGAUGAUAAUACAUAUCUGGCCGGUUGUGCAUUUGGUGUCACCGAGAAUAUAGUCUAUUAUAUUAAUAUGCAAACCGCAGGCACCUGCAAAAGCGUGACUGCGGAAAUGAAAAUAAAAUGUUUGAAGGCACUCUUAGCGGAAAGCGGUAGAACUUUAAUUUGUAUCGAUGCCAAGGAGCAAAUGAAGAUCUUAUGUCGCAUUUUGGGCGAACUCGGUGAGUUGCGCGUUGAUUUGGAGGACCCAAAGGUGGCCAAUUGGCUUCUGCAGCCAGACAAAUUUAUGAGCUUUCAACAAAUAACACAGCAAUUUGCACCAGAAUGCACUGCCCUUACUAGUUUGUGUGGCAAUGGACGUGGUUACGGUAGCCAUGGAUUGGACACGGCUAGCGCUAUUUUGGCCAAGGUUAGAUGUUCAGUCGAGGCUUGCGUUACUCUGCAUAUACUGAAAGCACAAAUAGAGAAUCUGGAGCGCAUCGGCUCCGGACAACUGUACAAAUUUUUUAAAGAACUUGAAAUGCCUUUACAAACUUCACUUUGCAAUAUGGAAAUGAUCGGGUUCCCAGCGAAUGAAGCAGCUUUGCGCAAACUUUUCCAACAGAUGCUAGAAACGAUGAAAAAGCUCGAAUUGAAAAUCUACGAAAUGCAUGGCGGACGCUUCAAUUUAGGAUCCUCUGCUGCGGUGGCGAAGGUUGUCGGUCUUCAUCGCAAAUCCAGCGGCCGUAUAAGCACUUCACGCCAAAUACUCGAAAAGAUCGAUUCGCCAAUUUCUCAAGCCAUCAUUGAAUAUCGCAAAUUAAGCACAACGUGUACAAAAAAUAUACAAUCACUCUUGAAAUGUGUGCUAAAAAAUAGAAUACAUGGUCAGAGCAUCACAUUCACUCAAACUGGACGCAUUUCAAUGAAUGAACCAAAUUUGCAAAAUGUGGCAAAAGACUUUGAAAUCAAUUAUGAAGGUGCCGAAAAAGUGAUAAUAUCUUGUCGCAGCGCAUUUUUUCCUGCAGAAAGUGGUCGAUGCUUGCUUACCUCCGAUUUUUGCCAGCUUGAAAUGCGUAUACUGGCACAUCUUUCACAAGAUUCGGCGUUGCUAAAAGUAAUGAACACCAAUCGGGACAUUUUCACUGCAAUAGCGGCGCGUUGGCAUAAGGUAUCGGAAGCUGAUGUUUCAGAACAAUUACGUAAUGGAACCAAGCAAAUUUGUUAUGGUAUAGUGUAUGGCAUGGGAAUGCGCAGGUUGGCAGAUUCACUCAAAUGCACGGAACAGGAAGCGAGUUCGCUGUCGCAGCAAUUUCAUUUGGCUUAUCCAGGUAUAAGAGCCUAUGCUGAUAAAAUUGUUAAAUUCGCACGCAACAAUGGUUAUAUAGAGACCAUUACUGGACGACGUCGUUAUCUGGAGCAUAUCAAUAGUGGAGAGCCUCAGCAAAAAAAUCAAGCUGAACGUCAGGCUAUCAAUUCGACUAUUCAGGGCUCUGCUGCGGACAUAGCCAAGAAUGCUAUAUUACGCAUGGAAAAAAAUAUUGAAAAGUUCCGAGACAAGUUGGGCAUUACAAGUGCGAAUGCAGUGCGCUUUGUGUUGCACAUACACGACGAACUGGUGUUCGAAGUGCCCACAGAUAAGGCGAAAAAGGUGGCCAAAAUCUUGAGCCUUACCAUGGAAAACUCUGUUAAACUCAGCGUACCACUUAAAGUCAAACUGAAAAUCGGCCAGAGUUGGGGUGAGCUACAAGAAAUUAAAUCAUAAUUUCUGCAUAGGUGUUGUUAACGCUUAAAUAAUUAAGUCUU